AUGGCUGAAACUGUUGCUAAGAAGCUCAAGACUGCUCCCGUCAUCGGCACUCACAAUGGUCAUUUCCAUGCCGAUGAGGCCCUCGCGGUCUACAUGCUCCAGCUUAUGCCCACUUAUGCUUCCUCGCCGCUGAUCCGCACUCGCGACCCGGCUGUGCUGGAGACUUGCCACACCGUUGUUGAUGUGGGUGGUGUCUAUGAUGCUGAGCUUAACCGUUAUGACCACCACCAGCGUACCUUCGACACAACUUUCCCCCAGCACACCACCAAGCUCUCUUCAGCUGGCUUGGUUUACAUGCACUUCGGCCGCACCAUCAUUGCUCAGAAGCUUUCCCUGCCUCAGGACCACCCGGAUGUCGAUCUGCUGUACGAGAAGUUGUACACUGACUUUAUCGAAGCCAUUGAUGCCAACGACAACGGUAUCUCUGCCUACGACCCUGCCGCCAUCGCUGCCGCCAACCUGGAGAAGCGCUUCAGAAACGGAGGUGUCACCCUCGCCUCCAUUAUUGGUGACAUGAACAACCCGGACCCCACCAGCCCACCUGGCGAGGCCCAGGACGAGGAUAGCCUCUUCGGCCGCGCUAGCAAGCUCAUCGGUAACGUUUUCGCCCGUAAGCUGCACCAAGCUUGCCACUCAUGGCUUCCUGCCCGUACCACCGUCAGCAAUGCCUACCAAUCACGCCACGAGAUUCACUCCUCUGGUCGCAUCCUUGUCUUCCCCCAGGGCGGUGUUCCCUGGAAGGAGCACCUCUACAACUUCGAGAAGGACGCUUCCAGCGGCGAGGGCAUCGAUGACGCCGCCCAGGUCUACUAUGUUCUUUACCCCGAGAGCGCUGCCGAGGAUUCCAAGUGGCGUGUGCAGUGUGUUUCCGAGUCUGAAGGCAGCUUCAUCUCCCGGAAGCCUCUCCCUGAAGCUUGGCGCGGUGUCCGUGACCAGGAUCUGGAUGGUCUGAUGGCCUCUCAGGCUGAGCAGGCCGGCAAGGAGAAGCUCCCCGCGGGUGCUAUCUUCGUGCACGCUAGUGGAUUCAUUGGUGGCCACAAGACCAAGGAAGGUGCUAUGGCUAUGGCUAUCCGCAGCCUUGAGUAA